AUGGAGAAAACUAAUUAUGCGGUAAUUGGAACUGAAGACAUACGUGAUUUAGUUUUGGAGGAAAAUGGAAAACCUGAGGUGAUUAAAGGAUGUGAUGAAUUUAAAUAUUUUGGAACAAAAAUUACUAAUGAUGAAAUGGACUUUUUGAGAAGAUCUGCUCGAUGUUCAAAAUUAGAUAGAGUAAGAAAUGAGGACAUUAGGAAAAAAUUGGAAUAUCAAAAUUUUAUAGUCGACUAUAUUCAUAACAAACAAUUACCUGGAUAUGGCCAUGUUCGGAGAAUGGAAGAGGGUAGACCGGCAAAACAGAUAUUAGAAUGGAUCCCUGCGGGCAGAAAGAGGAGAGGAAGACCGGGGACUACGUGGAUAGAGGAGAUACAAAAAGCUUUGGAUCACAGGAGACUGACAGAGGAGGAGUGUCGAGACAGAAUAGAAUGGAGGAGAAAAGUUUGGGCAAGGGAAGAUGCUUAG